AUCGUAUGAAACAUGCCAUAUUUUAUGUUCUGCACGAAUCGCUAUAAAUUAACAUGAACUGUCAUCUUCAUCAGUCCACCGGGUGACUAAUUUAACAAUACAAAAAAUGUAAUUACAUAAUUUCGGCUGAUACCCAUGAGGAACCCACAGGCUGACUGCAGAGGGCUGCUGUCGGAAUCACGUGCCCGUCGCCGCCAGAGGAGAGAUGUGGUAACAGGCAGAAGACCAAUACAUGGAUUACAUUCACGAGUGAUAAUGAAUGACAACCUACAUACAAAUGAUGUACAGAUAACCGAAACACUCCCCAACAGGAGUUGUAUAGACCUAACUGAUGACACUGGCAAUGACUUCAUAGACCUAACUAGUCCCACUGCAUUGACAGCUCCUCCAGCCUUCAACAGCACUGCAGAUGAAUCAGUCCUUUUUGUGCGUGAAGAGGGGGCCCUCAACUUGUCAGAUGACCUCCUGGUGGAAGACACUGAUGAAAAUGCUGCUAUACAUGAUGUUCUCGCGGGUUUAGAUGACUCUGUGGCGUCUUUGCCUGGGGGUAGGAAGAUAACUUGUCCUGUGUGUCUGGACAGUGAUGAACGAAUAACAAGAAAUGGCCGCCAACUCAACUCGACUACGUGUGGACAUAUAUUCUGUAACGUGUGUAUCCAAGGUGCCAUUCAGACCCAAAAACGGUGUCCAACGUGUCGCAAAAAAUUAACUCUUCGUCAGAUUCAUCCUAUCUUUUUAUGAUGGAGAGUGUAUGUUUUGUACUGUGAUAUUAGGAAUACUUGGUUAUAUGUCUGGUGAUAAGAUCAGCCUACUGCAAUAUUAUAAAACAGAUAUUGGUUUGUGUUGGCUGAAAACAUUGAGGUGCAUGGCAGUGUAGUCAUGAAAUAUUUAAUGUAUGAAAAAAAAUCACAUUUAUUAUGUAAAUACCAAAAAGAAACAAUUGAUGUGUCAAAUCUAUUAAAUUUGUUGUCUUUAUACAUUUUCUCAAUUCCUCACAAAAGAACAUUUUUACUGGAGCAAAAAAGUGUAUUGUAGAGCCAUUACACUAAAACAUAUAUCCUUGGAGAUGACGCUAGAAAUAAAGGAAUUCUGUACAUGUUGGACAAAGGAGAAAAUUACCGAUUAUUAUACAGUAUUGUACCAUUUUAACAUAAUAGCUAGUACUUUUAUGGGUGGUUCUUGCUUGACAAAUCUGGAAUCCUCCCCUGGGUAGAUAUUUUACUGAGGAUGACACUUAACACAAGUUAUCUUUCUUGAAGCUUGAUUUCAUUAAGACCUUGAGAGAAACCUGACCCAACUAAUUGUUUAGACUACGUGUAGAUUGAGUAAAUUUUCUGUUCAUCUGGCCACCUUCUAUUUUUGUAAGAAAAAAAAGUCUUUUCAGAUUAUUUACAUAGAUUAUUUACAUUUGAAUAAGUCAAAUUGUACCUGGUAAUGAAAUGUUUAUGUGUUCUCAUUAACUUUAAUGUAAUGUCAUUGUUUGAAUCAAAAGUUGAUCCAAAAACCUAUAAAAUUGAAAUUUCAAAACUUAUUGAUAAAUUACAUGUGUAUUUGAGCCCAUAGUGAUAAUAGAGGCUUCUGUGAUUUACUGUGACAUUAUAUCGGUUUAUUCAAUCUCAAUAUUUUUGUUUCUAUUUGUGUAAAAAUAUUUUUUAGAACAUGAAGCAAGUCUCAGAAACUCUUGUGUGUAUAUAGAUGGUUUUUUUUUUUAAUUCACUUAUAGAACCAUGCCUUGUUGAGUUAACAUAUGGAGUUACUUAAUUUUUGCUUAGCAAUGCAGUUCUUGAUUUUGAGAAUUCAUUUUUGAAUUGCUGGCUCACCUGGUCUGAAGGACCAAGGUGAGCUAAUGCCAUACCGUAGCAUCCAUUGUCUGUAUGUCAACAAUAUCUUCAAAGGACUUCUUAAACACUGAUUUAACCUAAUUUGACAAGAAGCAUCACCAAGUGAUGGGGAUUCAAAAUUGUACAAAUGGUAGGGCUGACCCCAAGAUGCUCAGGGGCUGGGCCAAAAAAACAUGGUUUGACUGUAUGUUGUAUUGCUAUAAAUGACUUCUUCUCUAGAACUGUUGCUCUGGAUAUCACUCAUAAUUUACUUAAAGCAUCCCUUUAGUGGUAAGACUGACCUCCAGGGGCCUGAGGGGCAAGGCCAAUGGAGAAGAUCUAGCAAAUUCUUUAAAAUCCUUAUUCUUAUGUAGGAAUGAAAGUAUUUGGUCAAUAUCUGGUUUGAAACAUGCUUUAGUUAAAGGGAACCCAUUUUGUAUAAACUGUGAGACUGGACCCCAUGAGGUAUGACAUAUGAGACCCAAUUUAGCUAAUUCUUAAAAAAACGUUUCUUUUGUAGGAAUGAUAGGACUUUGUCUUAUUUUUAAGGUUUCCUAUAUCCGAGAUGUGAGUGCCAUUAAACAGUCACUCUGUCUGCCCAUGCGUCUUGACUGUCCUUCCACAAAUUUAGUUUCUGGCUGAUAGCUUCAAUAUUUAUUGACAGACUUUUAUGAAAUAUGAUCCAAGAUGUCCAGUUGAGCAAAAAAAUGCAUCAAAUUUUGUAUCUUUUCAUAGAUAAAUAUUUCGUGAUGAUUCAGGUCGAGGUGAUUUGGAUCCAAAGGACUGUGUUUUGCAAUAAUGAAUAAUCACUGGAAUAUCCAGGUGAGCAAUACAAGCCCUCUCGGCCUCUUGUUUGAUGUCUUGUGUUAUUAAAGGCAAGGACUGCUUGAUUAUACAAACUGGAGUAUGUGCUACAGGUUCUUUUUACUUUGGUUUGUGUUUUUCAUAUCUAAAUUCUCCCAUUUAUAAAGUUCAGGAGAUGCAUAUCUGCAAUUAUAAUUGAGUAUAAUUGUUUACUUAGAUUUAAAAAAAAAAUCUUUUGUGAUUAAGACUGACCUAUUGUAUUGUUUUACUUGCGUUAACUGUGAGAAAGUUUUGCUGGAACAUGCCAUACUUGAAUGAAAUACUGGGUAUCUGUACACAUACCAGGUAUACACUCCUAUGAUGCUGGAACAUCGAGAUAAUCACGUCAAAUAUACACAGAAAUGUUAUGUGAGAACAUCUUGAUUGGUACAUAGUGGACACAUUUAAGUGAUAAAAAUCUUAAACACUCACCACAAAUCAAGUUGCAUAUAUUUAUGUAGUUAUAGCAAUACUUUGCUAUUUUGUUACUGUAAAUGUAUUCUAUGUAAAAAAGAUGUUGAUUCUGUGCUGGAAUGUAAUAGUAGCUAAAAGAACGCUGAUUUGUUUAAUCUUAUUUUGUUAUCAGUUGUGUUUUAAUAAAGUUUAAUUUUU